CGAGGCAGGAUUUAGAAGCGCUGAUCGUAAUAUUUAACACACCCACACAGCAAGAGAACUAUUUCCACGAGCCUGCAUGCAGAGGUACAGCUACAUUAGCAAAAAAUAUAAUAAAUGAAAAUAUAUGCACCUGCCAAAACAAAUACUCUUGUGCAUUGUUAGCGCUUUUAUUGUUUUCGGUAUAGCAGCAAGGCGUGCUAAGUACCUAGUACGCAACUUGUUUUGUUGGGUGGGAGGGUUUGGUCACCGGCUUUAUUCAAACUACUUGGUCAGAUUGCUUCCUUAUACGCGUUCUUUUAUAAGCCCUUUUUCAGUCGCGGGACGCUGCACAGAAGGACAGCUUGCUCUAAUACCCCUUCGUCAAACUCUGUAGUGUGGUUUUCGUUGUCACUGGGGACCGUAGCUACAUUUGUCUGUCCUAUUUUCGCCCUUAAAAGAGAUGGAUCGGAUACAUUUAUUGUCUAUGUUAGGAUGAGAAUAGCCAUUCUCGGUGGUACGGCAGAAUGAGCGUCCUUAAGAUGGAGCGGCGCUGUCGAGACUUUGCUCACACGCACAACGGACGAUUAUCUCUCGAACAUUUUAACCUUUUCUCUCUUCUUAUUCAUUUGUAUUAUUGAUUCUAACCGCAUACGCGAGAAUCUCUACAGAGCAUCAAUUCGUAAAGUAUUUUUCAUAUCAAUUGGAUCCAAGCGAAAAUGAAGCCGGUUGCUUAUAAGGUCGGUUGGUCAGUACUCAGACGAAAUUGCUUACCUGGAUGGAUAUGAGGAAUCUCAUAUUUUCCUUAAGACGGAGUCCUUCCCUCUAACGCGGAUUUCUUCAUAUAACAAGGAUUAUUGGGGGGCGAAACAAUUAUCUGCUCUAACUCCUUCAAAUGGAGACAGCAUACUUUACAACUCCUAUUACUUUAUUGCAACCUGUGCAAUAGACGCCGUUUGUGAUGUAGUCAGCUUCUUGAUAGAUUGUUUAAUUGUAUUUAUAACAUAUGUUAGUAAAUCGGGGGCGAUGAAAAUGAUACUGUUCCGUAAAUUCCGCGUUUUAAUUCUUAUGGUGUUUGUGAUUGCUUGCACCAUGCACAUAGUAAUAGACUUAUUACCAAAACUAGAAAGGCGUGCGACUGGACAGAGCACCGGGAACAGCGGCUGCUCGUGCUCCCACAAGCCGAGCGAGGAGCCACAGAGCCGCGGCAAACAGCAAGGCAUGCCGGCGGCAGAUUCUGGCUGGCCUAACAAACACACUUUGAGGAUCCUGCAAGAUUUCAGCAACGAGCCAAGCUCAAAUCUCACUUCGCAUUCUCUGGAGAAAAUCACCGGAGCUAGGGACAAAGGCGAGGCUUUCAAAAGAAGGGAACAGUACGCGCAGAAUGGAGAGAGACAGAAGCAUCUAAUUAAAGACCAGGCCGUCGACAAGAAUUUACCUGUAAAGGGGUUCUCUCGGCUGGAAGCUCUCUUUGAACACCCUCUGUACAAGACAGUUCGACCACCGCUCACUGACGAAGACACCUUGUUCAACGUCAACAGUGACAUCAGGUUCUACCCGAAAGCGACCGAGAAUCAGGAGUGGCCCAGAGAGGGCGUGGAGGAGGAAGAGUACCUGCCCACAGGUGAGGGCGGGGCGGAGUCGUACCCUAACUGGCUGCGCUUCCACGUGGGGAUCAACCGGUACGAGCUGUACGCCCGGCAGGACCCCGUCACCGACGAUCUCCUCCGGGACCUGGUCAGCCAGAGGAUCAGCAGCGUCGCCAUGAAAUCCGGUGGCACCCAGCUGAAGCUCAUCAUGACGUUUCAGAACUACGGACAGGCCCUGUUCAAGCCCAUGAAGCAGACCCGGGAACAGGAGACCCCGCCCGAUUUCUUCUACUUCUCCGAUUUCGAGAGACACAACGCUGAGAUCGCCGCCUUUCACCUGGACAGGAUCCUGGAUUUCCGUAGAGUGCCCCCUGUGGCCGGGAGGCUGGUGAACAUGACGAGGGAAAUCCGAGACGUAACCCGUGACAAGAAGCUGUGGAAAACGUUCUUCAUCUCCCCCGCCAACAACGUGUGUUUCUACGGCGAGUGCUCGUACUACUGCUCCACUGAGCAUGCUCUGUGCGGGAAGCCUGAUCAGAUCGAGGGCUCGCUGGCCGCCUUCCUCCCGGACCUGGCCCUCGCCAAGCGCAAGACCUGGAGGAACCCCUGGCGCCGGUCCUACCACAAGCGCAAGAAGGCUGAGUGGGAAGUGGACCCUGAUUACUGUGACGAGGUGAAGCAGACACCCCCAUACGACAGUGGGACACGCCUGCUGGAUGUCAUGGACAUGACCAUCUUUGACUUCCUGAUGGGUAACAUGGAUCGACAUCACUACGAGACCUUCGAGAAGUUCGGGAACAGCACCUUCAUCAUCCACCUGGAUAACGGGAGAGGGUUUGGUAAAUAUUCCCAUGAUGAGGUCUCCAUCCUGGUGCCUUUGAGCCAGUGCUGCCGGGUGAAGAAGUCGACUCACCAGCGCCUCCAGCUGCUGGCGAAGGAGGAGUACAAGCUGAGCGCUCUGAUGGCGGAGUCCCUGCAGAGGGACCGGCUGGUGCCCGUGCUCUUCUCCCCCCACCUGGGCGCCCUGGACCGUCGCCUCCGGCUGGUCCUGCGGGUCCUGGACGACUGCGUUCAGAAGCUGGGCUACAGCAGCGUGGUGGAGGACGACGCGGGGCAGGACCACGCCCUCACCGCCGCCCACAGCGCCAGGUAGUGGACCUGGGCCAAGAACCAGAACCAGAACCAGAACUGGAACCACAAAUAUACCUGGGGGCCAGGAAUGGAACCAGAACUGUGACUCCAACCAGAACCAGAACUGGACCAAGGAGUGACCCUGACCCCCUCCAAUGCCACCACCAUCCCCCCACCCCCCCACCACCAAACACAAAUGCCAUGGAUGACUUGUGAAAGGCACAUUUUAACUAUACUGUUUGAAUUCAGUGAAUUCCAAGACUGCAGAGAUGUCUCUUUCAGCCGUGUGUGUGUUUAUAUACGUGCUGUACACAGGUACGAAGAACUUAAGAGAGGCAAUAGAUGGUCUCUCUAAAAUGAAAGCUGUCAUUUGCUUCUAUGUGUUUUUUUCUUUUUGAAGUCUUUUUUCUGUUUGAUUGGACUGCAGAUGUCCUUCCUCUAACACGAGAUGAGAUCGUUACGUCCUGCCGGAUUUGAUCGACCUGAAAUUAUUUAUUAACUUAUUUAUUUUUUGGAAAUGAAAAUACCAAAACAAACUCUCUCAAAAAAUUUGGGGUAUCUACACCCUCCUAAUGAUGAGCUGGAGGGCGCAGGACUACCGUGCGAUGAUGCGUUUUAAAUUUGUCAAAAUAGGUGUCGCAAAUAUAUUUCUGUUGUUGCCACUUAAAAUGAAGUCACUUGAUGCAUUUAUAUUUGUGUUCAAUGAAGUUCCCAUCCUCUGAGUGGCAUGUCAUACAUUCAAAGUCUGUCGUCUUUUCCACCUUCUGUCUUUUUGUUAUGCACAGCGUGUCGUAUGCACAGCACCUUCAGGAGUGUCCCAUGUUUAUAAAACCUUUGCGCUCGUUUCCCCCGUAGCAUAUAAACCUUUUCACUUUUCCUCACCUGUGCACCUGUAUCCGUUGUGUGCGGUGACAUCGGCUCUUGGAAAGCAUUGCAUUUGCCCAGUGACGGUGUCAUACCGGGUUAUCUCCAAACUUGUGUUCUGUAUCCAGACUGGGGCGUGAUAAAAUGGCUAGGGUUCAGACCCUCGCCAUUUUAUCCUCCCUCUUCUCUCUUCCCCUUCGAGAACCUCAAUAUCUGCUGGUUUUCAUUGUUGCUAAGCACUUAAUUGAUCAAUUUAAGCAGCUGAUUACACAGGUAACUCACCUUACCUGGUUUCUUACACGUGAACUGGUUUUUGACAAUAAGGUGAAAAUGAGAACCAGCCACCCCGUGGCUGUCUAAGGGUCAAUACCGCUGCUCUCGUCCAGUGUUUCUCAAGCCUUCAGUUGAAAUGUGCUAAUAAAAAAUAGAAAUCAAGGUCGUUGUUCAACAUAUAUUUUCUUAACAUCAGCCUCAUAAACACAUGAUGUUAAGCCAAACAUACAGUACUAAGAGGGUGUUCUGCACCUGAAAAAGAAUCAGCUCAACCUGAAGGACUCAUUUUGACUAUUUAGGUGAAGAAAAUCUGCAUUUACAAAUUUUGUCUAAGGGUCACAAAACAGAAUGAAUCGUUUAUCGGUAUGCUUACCCUGAACUGGUAUAGUUUACCUUUGUGUUUUUUUGGUGUACCAGUUAAAGGGAUAACCUGGAGAACCACCCCAUAUGUUGGUGUAAGUGCAAAUUUCAACAAUGCACCUCUCCCUCCCUCACCCCCUUUGAAGCAAGUCCCAUUGAGAUUAAAAAAAAAAAAAAACUAUAUUUCAAGACAGACCUGGCCAGGAUAACAGCAGCACAAACAAUGAGACAGCACAGUAAUACAUAAAAAGCAAGAGGAGAACUGCCAGGAGCCUAAUCCAGUCUAGCCUUCAGCCACCAGCUCAGACCACAUCAAUUAAACACUUAAAGAGAGGCUGGAAUGAAAAUCCAGACUCAUAGAGGGAUGACGGAUGGAGAAACAUCGCUCCAGCAGACCACUUUAUAUUAUCUAUUACCCAGGA